GGUCCGGGUUGCGCUCGGUUGUUACCCUCCUUAGUUGCGGUUGCUAAGGACUCGCUUGGGAGGACGGAGAUCCUCGGGUGGUCGGGCCUAUACAGCUGGGGGGUGCUGCUUGAUGUGAGGGGGCAGGUUUGUAUAGGGUCCGUCGUGGAAGAGGUCUGAGUCCAUCCCUGGAGCCGCGUGAUAUUGUUAGACAAUGUCUUGGCUUUCAGCGCAAAAUGGAACAGAAGCCGAAGAUCUGAAUGAUGAAGUCGAACAUAUUCCGGAUGAUGGAGAUUCAGCCAUAACGUAUGAAUCGGACACGGAUAAGAAAGUGAAAAAAAAGAAAACAAGCAAGUCUUCCAGGUUACAGAAUUCUCCAUAUCUCUCAAACACUAAGCUGUGUCCUAAAAAGGCUUCAGUGUGGCGGUCGUUAAAGGGAACUGGUCAGAUGCAUACUGAAAACCCAAUGGCCAAAGUACCGAGGCAGUUAUGGCUGGCAUCUCUGAAACAAGGCAACGGUAUGGCGCAGCCUCUGAGAUCGGAUAUUGACACGGGUCAGGCCUGGGCUAAUACUGCAAGCAGCACUCCAGAUUAUCUCAAGGAAGCUCUUGGAAUGAAGAAACCCAAAUAUUCCCGGUCUUCCAGCAAUGGUUACAUUCCUGGCACCCCAGACUACAAGGAGAAGGAGGAUAUGUAUGACCAAAUUUUAGACUUGAAAAAGACACUACAAGCUCAGAAAUCGGAGAGCGAUAUAAUGAAAACAAAGCUAAGAAGGUUGGAAGAGGAAAACAGCCGUAAAGAUCGACAGAUCGAGCAGCUCCUGGAUCCAUCCAGGAGUUCAGAAUUUACAAGGAGCCUUGUGGACAAGAAAAGUGACAACAGUCUGCUUGUAAACACUCUCAAGCAGAAGAUCUUGAAGUUAGAAAAACAAUGUAAGGAAAAGGAUAAUGCUCUAAGCAAACUGCAGACAGAGCUGAAAACCACAAGCCUGGAGGAGAUGAAGAUCGCAAUGGAGGCCUAUUAUGAAGAGAUUCAAAGGCUACAAAUUCUCCUGGCUAAAGCCGAGACGACAGAGAAGAGAUUGCCCCUGGAAAGCAAAGAAUCGCAGAAAAGACAAAAAGUGCUGAAUUCUGCAGUGAUGAGAUUAUCCAAACAAGUAAAGGAACUUCAAGAAGAAAACCAAAGCUUAAAAGCCGAUCUGGACAGAGCAUUGGCCCAGUCCCCUACGUCAGUCAGAUCGAAAGGUUAUAGUGAUUGGAGCAAACAGAGGCUGGUGAGGAGGAUUUCCGAACUCGAAAAGAAGUUGGAGAAUCAAAGUCCAUCCCCCGAAGCGCAAAUUAAAACGUCUCAGCUCAAAGGAGAUCCCAAGUCUCAGAAGGAAAAUGACUCUUCGAGCGUCAAGCCCGACCUUAACGAGGAAUGUGAACGUUUAAGGAACCUGGUCAAGAAAAUCAAAGAAGAUCGAGCUGCCCUUCAAAUCCUUCUUGGCUCCAAAGAGACGGAACUUAAAACACUAAAACAAGAAAAGACGGAAUUAGAGAAGCAAUUGCAACGUUUGAAGGACAGGAAUGAGGAGAGUGAAGAGAUUCGGAAGCUUAACCAAAAAAUAAAGAAGCUGGAGGCUGAGCUGGAAGAUGCGAAGCAUGAGAAGGAACUUACCAUUAAAGAUGUGAAGAAGAAUGAUUUGCAAGGAUCCCGUCCAGGUUCUGGAAGGAGUGACCAGAGUGCGGUGUCGGGGCCCGUCUCCUCCGCUACUGCGAGAGAGAGGCAGCGGAAGCAAGAAGCCGCCGAUCUCAUCCAGAAGAACUGGAGGCGAUAUAAGAGCAAGAAAGAAAAUGCUGAAUUGGAGGUGGCUGAAAUGCUUCAGGCAGCCAUUCGAGGGCACUUAGCGAGACAGAAGUACUUAUCCUCAACAGGACCUCGUUCCAAGUCUCCCAGCGCUGACAGUCUCAGCCGUCAGGACCCACCAGAUGAUGGCAAGAACGAAGACGACUCAGUCAGUUUUCUGCAGGCUACUUUCAGAGCACAUCUGGCUCGGACGAAAAUGCUCAGCAGCAGGCCCGGAGAACUGAAGGACAGAGACAGCCCUAGCAGAAUUCCGAAAGAGAGCGCAAGGUCAUCGUUUUCACGCAGGUCUCCCAACCGCGAUGCUCGAUACUCGUUAGCUGGUGGAAGCUCAGGAGAUCUCAGUGAGGAUCUGAUUGAAGAGCUAACAUCAGAAGAAGAAGAAGAAUCAAUUCAUAAAAGACCAGGGUCCAUCAAAGGUUCACCACAACGUCUGCCUUUAGGGAAGAACCAGCAACCUGUAGAAGACUCAGAUGACUCUGAUGGCAUCAUCAUCGUGUCUCCAUCGCGACCCACAAGGAGAAAAGACUCUGGUUUUUAGAACGGAAGGAAUUCUGUUGCUUUGUGCCUUUUUAAAUCUCGUUGCCGUUUGGAAAUAUCGUUUUAGCGCCCAAAUGGUUAUUUUUUUAAUAAUCUUUAUUCCAUUUCUUUUAAAUUCCUCUUGUAUACUUUUUUAUUAUUUUUCUAUUUAUUUUUUUAUGUACCAAAAAUAAUAUCUUGAUGCAUCUUUGUGCAAA